CCUCGCGUCCAUUGGCCGCUGGGCGGACUGGUCCGGGCCAGGGCUGUGAUUGCCGCCAGCCCAUGUCAGUCCCGGAGCGCGCGCGGGUGGCGGGGCGCGCGGCCGGGCUGGCAGCCGCAGGUGGGGCUGUUGUAGGCGAGGGACCUAGCCCGGGAGCCCCGGAGCCCCGCGGAGAGUGCCCAGGAUGCCCCGCGGGGACUCCGAGCAGGUGCGCUACUGCGCGCGCCUCUCCUACCUCUGGCUCAAGUUCUCGCUGGUCGUCUACUCCACGGUGUUCUGGCUGAUCGGAGCCCUAGUCCUGUCGGUGGGCAUCUAUGCGGAGGUGGAGAGGCAGAAAUAUAAAACCCUUGAAAGUGCCUUUCUGGCCCCAGCCAUCAUCCUCAUCCUCCUGGGGGUCAUCAUGUUCAUUGUCUCCUUCAUUGGCGUGCUGGCUUCCCUCCGUGACAACCUGUGCCUUCUCCAAGCGUUCAUGUACAUCCUUGGGAUUUGCCUCAUAAUUGAGCUCAUCGGUGGCGUGGUAGCCUUGAUCUUCCGGAACCAGACCAUCGACUUUCUGAAUGACAACAUUCGAAGAGGAAUCGAGAACUACUAUGACGAUCUGGACUUCAAAAACAUCAUGGACUUCGUUCAGAAGAAGUUCAAGUGCUGUGGCGGGGAAGACUACCGGGAUUGGAGCAAAAACCAGUACCAUGACUGCAACGCCCCGGGACCCCUGGCCUGCGGGGUUCCCUACACCUGCUGCGUCAGAAACACGACAGAAGUGGUCAACACCAUGUGCGGCUACAAAACCAUUGACAAGGAGCGGCUCAGCGUGCAGGACGUCAUCUACGUGCGGGGCUGCACCAACGCCGUGCUCAUCUGGUUCAUGGACAACUACACCAUCAUGGCCGGCCUCCUGCUGGGCAUCCUGCUCCCCCAGUUCCUGGGGGUGCUGCUGACAUUCCUGUACAUCACCCGGGUGGAGGACAUCAUCAUGGAGCACUCUGUCACCGACGGACUGCUGGGGCCAGGCGCCAAGCCCAGCGUGGAGGCGGCAGGCACGGGGUGCUGCAUGUGCUACCCCAAUUAGCGCCCCUGUCUGGACGGUGCCGGGACCGCACCGCUCCGGCCUCUGCGCAGCGGCUGGAAGGGACUGUGGAUAUUCUCCCAACACUUGACAUUGGCCGGAACCACGGCUGUGUUGGCUCUGGUGGCCUGUUCAGGCCUCCCACGGCCACUGCCUCUCUGGGGGAGUGGAGCCCCUCCCCAGCUCUGAGGUCCUGUGCCUGCCCACCCUCCUUGGCGUGGGGAUCAAGGGCGCCCCUUCUCCAGGCCAGGCCGCUGGGGAAGGGGCUGCUCACUGCUCAGCUCAGGGCCCGUUUCAUUUCUGGCAAUGCCAUGGCCUGUGGUGUUUAUGCCCCUUUGAGGGUAAUUUUGUAGUAAUGCAUAAGCGAGGACGGAAGAGACCAUAUGUGCUGUGUAGGGAAGGGGGUGUGUGUGGCCCUUUCAGGGCCCUGGAGUCCCUCAGCCACACCCCAGAGGCCAAGUUGAGCCCAUCUCACAGCCUCCCAGGGACCUUGAGCCCUCCCCAAGACUGCUGCUUUGCUGACCCUGUUUUCUACCUGAUUUUUGUAACAUUCAUUUUGUACACAGUUAACAGGAGUUUCUGACUAAUCAAAGCUGGGUGGUUCGCCACACACCCCACUCUUGCCUCUCCAAGUCAGUUUAUUAAUCAAGCAAUAAAGACAUGAUUUUUUAUUA